CUUCGCAGGCAUUGAUAUAAUAGACAAUUGAAAAUUUCCAGUCAUUCGUUUUACAUUUUUUUUUAAAAAACUUUUAUUGUAACGAUACAAAAUUUUUUAGUCAAUUUUUAUUGUUUUGGUUUCGUUAAAAUCUGUUUUUUUUUUAAUAAUUUACAAAUCAUGGGUCACUGUAUGCGAGGGGGUCCUAUUACCAGCAAUGGUUACUUAAAUUUUUUACGCGAAUUCAGGAAGAAAUGCUGUGGACUGUCGGCGGUGGAGACAGUGCGACAAGGAGCAAAGCUUUGGAAUCGACUGUCGUGUAAACAAAAAGACAAAUACCGUUUGAUGGGCCGCAAUGCAAGACCAAGAAGGCGACGUUGCGCCCCUAAACGUAAACGGCGCUCAUGUGCACCUAGGCGCAGAAAACGUCGCUCUUGUGCGCCUAGGCGCAGAAAACGUCGCUCUUGUGCAAGGAAGCGAAGAAGACCGCGCUGUGGUAAGAAGCGACGUCCGAAACGUCGUCGUAGCUGCCGACCAAAACGUUCACGUCCGCGUCGUCGUCCGCGAGGUUGUUCCCGCCGCCGUAAACGCUGCAUGAAACCUGGUCCAGUAACAGCGAAUGCAUUUUUGAAUUUCCUACGCGCCUAUAGGAGGAAACAUUGCGGCCUAACGCCACAGGAGACUGUGAAAAAAGGCGCGCGCAGAUGGUGCUCAUUGUCACCGGAAUGCAAGAGACGUUACAUGCGCCAGGCGUGCAAAAUGUCAAAAAGUAAGCGUAAAAAGAGAAGCCGCAUCUGUCGAUCCUUCCAUAAGAAGAGGCGAUGCUAAAUAUCAAUAUGAAGAGUGCGUUAAUUAAUGUAUGUUUGAUAAAUUGUUAUGUGAAAUUAUACUUUUCGUAAAUAAAAAUAUGCAAAAGAAGUAUACUUAAAAAGCAA